AUAAACACGUCACAAGUAAGCAAGCAAGCUAUACAUAAAAGAAAAACCAGGCAUCUGUCGGACAAACAAACUCAUCUUCUUUCCUAUUACACAAUCUGAUUGCUAAGUUCACAAAUCUCAUCUCCAAACUUACCAAGAACCCUAAAACCUCAGCUUUCCCGAUCCACACAUUUCAAUUCAAAUCCUUACAAUUGAUUUCCGAAGGCCUUAAUUACCAUUAACCGCUUCAAUUUAUCGUUUCAUUGUCUGAUUUUGGUGGGUCUAACUUAAUUAUUUAACAAGUUUUGAAGUUAUGGAAAUAGAACAAAAACAAGCGGAACUAAUCGAUCACUUCGUCAAGCAAGCCUCUGCUCUUACAGCCUCAGCACUUGGUCCACUUAUCGUCGAAGCCACUUCUCACCCCUCACUGUUCGCUUUCUCCGAGAUUCUCGCCGUGCCGACCGUUGCUGACCUUGAAGGAACUGAAAAUUCAGUUUACCUUGGUCUACUUCGGUUGUUUGCACACGGCACAUGGACUGACUACAAGGAUAUUACUGGUCAGCUUCCAGAAUUGGUUUCUGAUCAAGUCCUCAAGCUCAAACAACUCACUGUCCUAACACUUGCAGAAACAAACAAGGUACUACCCUAUGAUCAACUAAUGCAAGAGCUAGAUGUCACAAAUGUUCGUGAGCUUGAGGAUUUUCUAAUCAACGAGUGCAUGUAUGCAGGAAUAGUUAGAGGAAAGUUGGAUCAGUUGCGAAGGUGUUUUGAGGUCCAGUUUGCAGCAGGGAGGGAUCUUAGACCUGGACAGCUAGGGAAUAUGUUACAAACUCUAUCAAACUGGUUGUCUACAUCAGAGAAUCUACUCGUCUCAAUCCAAGAGAAGAUAAAAUGGGCUGAUUCUAUGAGCGAAUCGGACAAGAAACACCAAAAGGAUGUGGAAGAUAGGAUUGAUGACGUAAAGAAAACCCUCUCCCUCAAGAAGUUACACACUGUAAGCAGGCCGACGCUGACUACAGAGGGCACGAGGAGAUCUGCUCUGAAUCUGGUGGAGUGAUGGACUACGAAGAAGACCGUAGCCGACCAAAAAGGAGGCGGCACCCGAUAUCUUGAAAGUUAUAGGUAGAUGAAGAAACUCAUAUGAAUGGGUUUCUAGGCCACACGCCGGAAUUUCACGGAUGGCAUUGCAGCAACAAAUGAUUUCUACUCAUGAGGAGAUUGAUUCACUUGUCAUUGUCAAUUUAGAUUGAUAUUUGAAACGUGUUUACCUUUUGUUGAACCUACUGUUAUUCAGAUCGAGUAAGAAUGGGACCGUAGUUGGUGGUGCGGCUGAAAUUUUUACUCAGAGUCACCUAUAUUCCUUCCCAUGCAAUUUGGGACCGAAAGAAAAAAAGCCUAGGGUAUGAUGUAUUUUAGUUUUUCUUGUGAAGAACAUUAACAUCUCUGUUUUCUCGUAGAAAGUAAUAUUUGAGGCCGUAUUUGUGAUGUCGCUGUAUUUCUGAUGCUGUUGGUAUUUUGAAAUCUUUUACAUUUAGUAUGAUAAACUCUUUGAGACUUGGUA